AUGCGUCUGGUGCUCAUCCAGGACCGGAUUGACCUGUCUCCCGACAAGAUGGAGCAGAUGAAACGGGAAAUCUGGGAGGUUGUCUCCCGUUACAUGGUGGUGGAUGACGACUUCAAGGAAUUUGAAGUGCGCCGCCUCGAUGAGCUGAUAAUGCUGGUUUCCAACAUAGAGGUCAAAGACCUAAGCGCCCUGGCCACGGCGCGCUCUUAG